GCCUAUUGCAAGUAUUGUAAGUGCGAGAUAAUUGCCAAAAUCCAUAGUUUGAAAUUACAUAUUUUAUCAACGAAGCAUAAAAAACUAUAGAACCAGUUAAAAGUCAAAUAAUAAUUAAUUUUCCCAAAAUAAAAAUAAAUCUAAAUACACAAGCAGCAGAAUCUUCACUAGCUAUGUUUGUGUCCGCACAUUGUUCGAUUAUAGCUGUCGAUCAUUUAUCAGAAUUAUGUAAAUUGCGAUUCAGUGAUAGCAAGAGUAGAGAUUUACGAGUUCAUCGUACAAAAUGCACAAAUAUAAUAAAAAAUGUUUUGGUCCCUAAUUUUAUUAAAGAAAUCGUGUCAGAUUCAAGAGACCAACAAAACAGUCUCUUGCUGGACGAGUCUACGGACAUAUCAGUAAGCAAAUUGUUGGGAAUAUCGAUCAGAUAUUAUAGCCGAUCUUCAAUAACCAUAAUAUCCACCUUCUUGGGGUUGGUUGAGCUUGAAGAUGGCACUGCAAACAACAUAGUCAACGGUAUUAAAGAAAUAUUAUUAUAUUGAACAUUGAAAUAAAAAAAAUUAACGGUAUUGGCACAGAUAACGCUACGGUAAUGACAGGUACCAACAGCGGA